AUGUCACAGGAGACUGAACCAUGGAGGAAAGAAGCUCUGUGGGACGAGUUUGCCACGGUAAGGCUGCAGAAGCUGGAACAGCAGCGAAGGCUGUUAGAGGAGAAACAGCGACGAAAACGCCAAGAACCCCUGAUGGUUCAGGCCAACCCUGAUGCUUUCCUGUUGCCCCAGGGAUAUGGGUGGCGGAAAGAGCGCCUCGUGGGUGACACUGGUCUCGCGAACCCUUUCCUCCAGGAGCACAUGCCACAGACCGCUGUGCGCUCCCAAGCCCUCAGCAGUAUAACUACAGUGAGCUGCGGUGGAGAUGGCAGUGGCAAGCUCGCUACCCUUCUGUCGCCGACAGAAGACUGUCCAGAUUCAGACGUGGAGGAAGUCUUUGUAGAAGACGUUCCAGCCUCUCCACGGCCAUAUUAUAAAGAGCUUCAGGGCACUCGACGCUGGGGUUGGACCACCUGUCAACCUGGACUCAAACCGAAUGUGACUGAUCAGGACCGUGGAGACGCAGCUUCCAAGAAGCUGGGCAACGACUUCGAAGCGUAUGUGCUACGGCCAGCGAUGAAGGAGCAAAUAGUGCAGUGUCGCAUCUGCCGCGACAGGCGCGGCAUAGAUAAGGGCAUAUUCCCUUUCUACUACCUCUACCUGGAGGAGGCCAAUGGAGGUCAGCAAUUCCUCAUGGCAGGGCGGAAGAGGAAAGGGAGCAAAACUUCUAAUUACCUCAUCUCCUUGGAUCCCAUGGACCUGUCUCGGUAUGGGAGCAAAGUUGUGGGAAAAGUCAGAUCUAAUGUGUUGGGCACCAAAUUCACCAUCUUCGACAAUGGGGUAAACCCCGAAAGGAAUUUCCACUCGGAGCCAGAUCGGAUAAGGAAAGAGUUGGGGGCUGUAUGUUAUGAAACCAAUGUGUUGGGAAUUAAAGGACCCCGGAAAAUGACAGUGAUCAUUCCAGCAAUCGAUGCCCAGAACCAGAGAGUCAGCAUACAGUCACAAAAUGGUUCUCUAUUGGAUCAUCUCCAAAUGGGGGUCUACCAGAAACUGGUCCUGAUGCACAAUAAAGCCCCAUUUUGGAGCAAGGAGAACGGCGCCUAUAUGCUCAAUUUUCACGGUCGUGUUACUCGAGCUUCAGUCAAGAACUUUCAAAUAGUGUAUCCAGAUAACUCCAGCUACGUGGUGCUCCAGUUUGGCCGAGUGGCCCCAGACAUGUUCACCAUGGACUUUGCUUUCCCGCUUUGUCCGCUCCAGGCUUUUGCCAUCUGCUUGUCCAGUUUCGAUAGGAAACUGGCCUGUGAGUAA